GCAAAGCAGGGCUCCUCACUGAGAAGUCCCAAGGACUGGGACUGGCGUCUUGCUCAGCAACAGACAAACCGAUACAUGCCGGUGCACCAGAAGCUCCGUCGUGCAGCCUCCCGAGUUCCGAGACCACAGCAAACAAUGGAAAGGAGCUUACAUUGACAACGGCGAACGUGACACCCUGACUCGGUGUAUGGUUCAACCCGUCUCUAAGUCCUUAGGGUUCUACAAUGCGUUGGCGUGCAUACUCGGAGUCGACUGCCAGCGUCGACAUAGAGGAAGUCUAGCGACAACACUGGCUAGAUGUAUGACAGGUCUGGCGUCAUGCAUGAUACCCUGCACAGCAAAGUUAGCUUUCGCACCAAGUUACAUUUGGGAGUUGGUUGUUUCAUUGCAGCGAGCACAGCCCAUUCCUAACAUCAUAUACAACCUAUCCUCGUCGCAAGGACGUCAAACUCGCCAUGUCACCCCAAGAAGAAGAGAAACUAUCUGAGACUGAUGUCCAAGAUAGCUUUCAUAGCUAUCUCAAAUCAUCCCUGACGCAAGCGAAGAUCGAGCACCUCCUAGAACCCGAGAUCCUUGCUAGUGCCGAGGCCGAUCUUAUGAUCACAGGCCCAGCACUUUGCCUCUACUUCGCUGCUCUGAGGAGUACGACUAUUCCACCUUCCGUCCCUCUCCCCAGAGGGUCAAAAUCGGCUCCGCCACGUCAGUUCAGUGAAGCGAACUGUCCGCCCGCUUUCCUAUCCUUUUUCCGUGUCUGGGCAUCCAAUGUACAUAGGAUACAAGGACUGGACCCGAGUUUUCAGCAUGAUCUGGCCCGUAUCAUCUGUGGCCUCGAUCCACUAAUUAAGCCCACCGAGCCGUCUCUCUCAGGAAUUGCCGCAGACCUCCGCGCUGUUGCAAUAGAGAUCUCGCAAAGACGUACCUUCCAAGACCGCUACGCUUCCGAUUUACAGGCUGCGCUCGACGCUGGCGGAGGGAGCUCGAGCCUCAAGGUGAAAACUUCCUUUGUCCCCCCACCCGUUUAUGACGGCCCCGGUUCAUCGUCUCCGUCAAAGAAAUCCGCCAUAUCGCGGUCUCAUUCACCGACACUGUUCAGUCCAGAGUCUCCAGCGAUCGAGUUUAUUCGCGAGACACUUUAUGCGGCUCUUGCUGAUGUCUUGGAACGUAUGCCCUCCCUCCGUCGUCUCCUCAAGCGGGACCCACCUCGUGCAUACUUUGCUUCUACUGCAUUUGCAAUCCUCGACGUUGCAUCAACAGCGGUUACUCCUGACGGCACCAUUGUCGGCAUCUUGGGGCGAGAGUUGACCCUGCAAGAAUGCCCGCACGAGUUAAAGCCGUUGAUGGCUGAACUCGUAUCUAUUGGGCACUCAGCAAGACAAAUGACAGAAGAGGAUGAUCUGUUUGCGGCGCAGUGUCUCCAGGGGGGCGAGGAGCUUCCGGAGUCGAGACUUGAGCGCGUAAAGAAGAUGUUGGAGGGAGGCGUUGGCUACGAUCAGGCCCAAGGAGACGAUGAGAGUGAUAGGAGGAGCAUCGAAGGCAGAGCCGUCGUAUUCACUAACCGGAUCAACGCGUUAGGACUGGGCAUACUGCAGAUUAAGUCCUUCAGAGAGAGACAGGCCGAGGUCUUCAAGGUCUUGGGUGUUAUUGGGGAUUGAGAGGAUGCCAGGGAAGUGGUCAUUCAUGUUAUCCGCCAUUGAGAUAUGUACUUGUAUGUUACUCUUAGUAAUUGGAUACCCUUACCGCGAAUUGAUUGCUUGAAAAGCACACCAAUCGACUCACUUCCAUGCGUAAUAGCUAUGCGUCGCAGCGUAGGUGCGUAGGUUGAGCAAUAAGCGUAUAUUCGCAAAACAGAGCUCACAACGACGCAGUCUCGAACAAGCUUACUCCCUUCGUUUCAAUGCAGAAACCAUUGUAAUUCGUCGUACCGCAAAAGAGGAGCUUGAGAUGUUCCCCACGCUGGACUCCGUCUGGGGUAGUAGAUGAU